AUGGAUCGCAUCGCCAGGGAAGCGAUGUGUCCGGCCUCCAGGACGUGUAUAGAGAAGUUGCUGCGCGCUGCGCAGGACACCCCGCCGAACAGUGUGCCAGCCAAGCGCGCGCUCCAGCCAAGCAGCGACCUCCGUGCUUUUGGUGACUGCUAUGAGCGGGUGGAGGCCGCUGAUGGCACGCACCUCUACAUAGCUCGCCUGCACAGACUCAUGGACCUCACCGCAGAGCACUGCGAUUGGUGGCUGCCAGCGCUGCGGGGCUGGGGCCCACGCAUCGAGUGCGUGCUCAUGAUGGACGAAUGCACAGCCGGGAAUGUGCUGCGCGCGGCGCAGAGCCAGAAAAUCACCUUCUUCUACUUGGCCCUUGAGCCGUGCCUCCAGCGCAGUCAAGACCGGAGCUCUCUUUGGCCAGUUGCCUGCGCCACACGGGCGCAGACCAGCAACUUCGCAGCAGUCUCCCAGCUGCUGCAGGUGUUGCUCCGCAAGUGGGCGCAGACCGGCGCCUGGCAGCCAUUUGAAGUCCGUGGAGCCCGCCUCCAGCUGGCGCUUACUUCUUUCGUGGCAGACUUCGACGGGCAGCGGCUUGCGUUUCUAGCCAAGGGAAGUGCCGGGCUGAAGCCCUGUUUGUUCUGCUCCAACGUCCUCAUGAAGUCCUCGCCGGUCCCAGCGCGCGACUCGACCUUUGUGAGCUUAGAUGAAGCGGACGUGCGGAACUUUCAGGCUAUACAAGCCGACGAGUUGUUCGCUGUCAUGGAUGCAUAUUUGCGUGAGUCCGCAGGGUGGAGCAAGGCUCGACAGCAGGAAGCCGAGAAAAACCUGGGCUUUGUCAUCAGCUCAAAAAGCAUCCUCGCGAAUGCGGUAGACCGGCGGUCCUUCUCGCCGCAGGACGUGCUCAUCAACGACUCCUUGCACUGCUACUAUUCCAAUGGCGUCGCCAGUGCCGAAAUUUGCUUGCUCGCUAGCCGCUUGGAGUCGCUCGGCGUUACCACACAGAUGCUCGCCGCCUCCAUCGCGGAGACCGAUUGGCGGAGGCCAUCUUCGCGGAGAAAGCACGGCGAGGGAAGCAGUUGGGUGAAGGGCCUCUUUCGGAAAGAGUACUUUAGCGGCGACCUCUACCGCGGCAGCGCAGGAGAGACAGCAUCAGUGGUGCCACUGCUAUACUUCUACGCGCGAAAAGCUGCAGCGGACUCUCUACAGUUAGAGCUGCAGUCCUUCCAGUGCCUCAUGGACUGCCUUCUGGCUCUCAGAGCAGCCGAGGGCAACCUCACAGGUCAAACCUGUGAGCAGCUAUCAGAAUGUCAAAGGCUGCACCACCUGGCCUUUUGCAGAUGCUACGGUGUCAGCGCUCUGCGUCCGAAGCAUCAUCAUCGGCUGCACAUCCCGGCCCACUACUUGCGGCACGGACCGUUCCACGCGUGGCCAAUGGAGAGUGCGCAUCGUUACUACAAGUCUCGUCUGGCGGAAAGCCUUUCGGCCGUCAUCACGAGGCUAGGCGGGUUCCAUAAAGCCGCUCUGUCCCGUAUGCUCCGUGACCAAACCUCUGACCUUGCGAGCUCCCGCCCCCCUGGCACGAUUUGCUUGCUGCCACCCAUCAUCCCCGCGCGGGUGACUCAGGCCGCGUGCGGUUUCUCGGCUGCUCUCAGCGAGACGCUUCACUUGCAAGGAGCCUCCAUCUCCAAAGGCGACGUCCUCGUGAGUCCGGUCGGGCGCGAGGCCGUGAAGAUUUUGUUCUUUGUGGAGUCCACGCUCUUGUGCGCCGCGGUGGAAGCCUUCGCGCUUCACCGCGCCGAGGCCCACUGCUGUACAUACCGUCUGGCGCCUGCCAGCUGCAUAAUGAUGCCGUGUGUCGAGCUCAGCGCUUAUAGGCUGUCACGCCACUGGUGCUGCAGUGGCCCAGAUCUGCUCUGCCUGUGA